AGGCUUCCAUUUUCCACCGUUCAUCCAAGAUAAUAAAAACUACAAGUAUAUAGCAAGCAGUAUCGUUCUUCAUCUUUUGUGAAACAAGAAAUAAUAGAAAAGUAUGGCUCUGAGAAUGUGGGCUUCUUCAACAGCCAACGCACUAAGAAUCUCCCGAACCAAUCUAAUUGCCCCUGCCUUUUCUCUCUCCAGAUGCUUUUCAACUGUUCUUGAUGGGCUGAAGUAUGCAUCUUCACAUGAAUGGGUGAAACAUGACGGUUCAGUGGCCACUAUUGGCAUCACUGAUCAUGCUCAGGACCAUCUUGGAGAAGUAGUGUUUGUUGAUCUACCAGAAACUGGUGGUUCUGCUUCCCAAGGAAGCAGUUUCGGAGCUGUUGAAAGUGUCAAAGCCACUAGUGACAUUAAUUGUCCAAUCUCGGGCGAGAUUGUUGAGGUCAACACAAAGCUUACUGAAACGCCUGGCUUGGUAAAUUCAAGCCCAUAUGAAGAUGGAUGGAUGAUUAAAGUGAAGCCAAGUAGUCCAUCAGAAUUGGAAUCUUUGAUGGGUUCCAAAGAGUACACAAAAUUCUGUGAAGAAGAAGAUAGUCAUUAACACCUGAAUGUGCUUCUUGAUCCAACUUGGACUAACUGGUGUGCUUAAGGUUGAUAUUGUUAUACAAAUUUCCAGUCAAUAAAUAAAACUGUUCAUGCAUCAAACUAUUUUCCACCUGUCUCAUAACAUCUUUGCCUAUGCAGUUCUGUGAUUCGAUUUUUGUAAUUAAGAUCAUAUGGUCCUCUAAAUUUCAUCUUCCAAUUCUUUUUAAACGAAUUCCACCCUGUUUAGAUGUA